AUGGAGAGCUUUGCCCUCCACUCUCUCUCCACCUCCUCCUUCUCUCUCUCCACUCGCGCUUCCCUUUUCCGCCGCUCAAACCCCAUUCUCAAAUCCCCACCCUUCAUCUCCAAAAGCCCCAAUUCAUCUCCCGCCCUCCGAUCACCAACCCUCUUUGCCUCCGAACCCAUCUCCUUCUCUUCUCCCUCAAAACCCAACAAAACCCACUUCCCAAUUCAAGCCUUUCAAUCUCCACAGCCCCAAACCACUCUCAAACCACCACCAGAGCCCCCUCUAGGCGCCAAGCCAAUCCCCUUCAUCAUCUCCGUCGCCAUAGGCCUUGUCGUGCGCUUCUUGGUCCCCAAACCAGUCGAAGUCUCCCCACAAGCCUGGCAAUUGCUCGCCAUUUUCCUAUCCACCAUUGCCGGCCUGGUUCUGAGCCCAUUGCCCGUCGGCGCUUGGGCCUUUCUCGGCCUCACAUCCUCCAUUGUCACCGGAACUCUGCCCUUUACGACGGCGUUUAGUGCUUUCACCAAUGAGGUGAUCUGGUUGAUUGUUAUUUCCUUCUUCUUCGCUCGUGGGUUCGUGAAGACCGGCUUGGGGGAUCGAAUUGCCACUUAUUUUGUGAAGUGGUUGGGGAAAAGCACACUGGGUUUGUCUUAUGGGUUGACAAUAAGCGAGGCACUUAUUGCUCCGGCAAUGCCGAGUACCACGGCCAGGGCUGGUGGUGUUUUCUUGCCUAUUAUUAAGUCCUUGUCUCUCUCUGCCGGGAGUAAACACGAUCACCCCUCGAAACGAAAGCUGGGUUCUUAUCUGAUUAUGUCUCAAUUUCAGUCUGCGGGUAACUCUAGUGCUCUUUUCUUAACGGCUGCAGCGCAAAAUCUUUUGUGCCUUAAAUUAGCUGAGGAACUUGGGUUGAUAAUUUCAAGCCCUUGGGUUUCUUGGUUCAAGGCUGCUAGCUUACCAGCAAUUGUUUCGCUUCUAGCUACUCCACUAGUCUUAUACAAGCUUUAUCCUCCAGAAACCAAAGACACACCUGAUGCCCCUGCCAUGGCUACAAAGAAACUCGAACAUAUGGGUCCUGUCACAAAACAUGAAUUCAUUAUGGUUGGCACAAUGCUUCUUGCUGUCUCUUUGUGGGUCUUCGGAGAUUCUCUUGGUAUAGCAAGUGUUGUAACUGCAAUGAUUGGCUUAUCUAUACUCCUUUUGUUAGGAGUCCUUGAUUGGGAUGACUGCUUAAGUGAAAAAUCAGCAUGGGAUACGUUGGCUUGGUUUUCUGUUCUAGUGGGUAUGGCUGGCCAAUUGACAAACCUUGGUAUCGUAAAUUGGAUGUCUAAUAGUGUAGCCAAUACCCUCCAGUCUUACUCUUUGAGCUGGCCAGCUGCAUUUUGUGUUCUUCAGGCAGCUUACUUCUCCAUCCACUACCUGUUUGCAAGUCAAACUGGUCAUGUGGGUGCUUUAUACUCUGCAUUUCUUGCCAUGCACUUGGCAGCUGGGGUACCUGGCGUGUUGGCAGCAUUGGCUUUAGCUUAUAAUACAAAUCUUUUUGGGGCUAUAACGCAUUAUAGCAGCGGUCAGGCUGCUGUAUACUACGGAGCUGGUUAUGUUGAUCUUCCUGAUGUAUUCAAAUUGGGCUUUGUGAUGGCCAUUAUUAAUGCUGUCAUCUGGGCAGUAGUAGGAUCGUUCUGGUGGAAAUUUUUGGGCCUCUACUGA